AUGGUCCAACACCACGACACCAACCACCAAGAGCGGCAGUCGCCCGUCAUAGCCAGCGGUGCAGCCAACCACCGCAAACCACGGCCCACGAUCAUCAUAAUCCCGGGCGCGUGGCACCAGCCCGUGCACUACACCGCGCUGGCCGAACCGCUCCGCCAACGGGGCUACAAGGUGGAGGUCGCCGCGCUCAGCACCAUGGGCGACCCGGACGCCAUCCGCGCCAAGACGCACCACGACGACGUCGAGAUCGUCCGCGCGCUCCUGGAGCCGCACCUCGCCGCGGGCCGCGAGGUGGUGCUGGUGGGCCACAGCUACGGCGGCCUGGUGGCCACGGACACCGCGGCGGGGUUCACCGUCGAGGAGAGGGGUGCGGUGCCGACGGGGCCCGACGGGGGCCUGCAGGUGCAGGGAGGCGGGGUCAGGGCCGUGGUGUACAUUGCGUCGCCGGCCGUGGUCGAAAAGGGGAUUUCGCUGACUAGCGGGAUGGAGAAGAUGAGCAUGGGCGAUCCGCCGGCGAAUGAGGGCAAAGUCACGCUCGAAGACGGCGUCGCCAAAACGUCAGACGAGUGCUGGAAACACCUCUACAGCCCCGCCGACGAAAAAGUGUCCCGGGCGGCGUUCGCCGCCUCGCGUCGCCACCACAGCGUCGCCAGCUUCCUAUCCGCAUCCGCCGCCGGCGCCCGCGACCUGCGCGCCCGGCUGGCGUACGUGGUGGCCGCUGCCGACGAGUUCACCCUGUCGCCGGCGGUGCAGCACCGCAUCGCCGACGGCAUGGGCCCGCGCUGCACAAAACACGUCUUUGAGGGCGCCGGGCACGCGCCCUGGUUGCAGCCGGAGCUGCUGCCGAGGCUGGUGGGCGUCGUCACCGGCGUGGCGGAGGAUUAG